GUGAUUCAGGAGCUCUAGCCUACUUAGCGAAAGAAAAAAAAAUACUGGAGCGAAAUGAGCCUUUUGCUUUGAGUGCGCACAGUGCAGCUUCACACUGACGACUAGAAGAAAAGAGAAGAAGAAGAAGGAGGGAGAGAGAGAAACAUCCAACACUUGGCUCAUGUAUCUCUUCGAGAGCAUCCAUUUCACGGCGAUUACAGUUUGAACCAAGCGGAGGAGACAUCGCUCGCUCUCUCGCUCUCUCGGUCGGUCGGUUGGUCGGUGCGCAUUUCUCUGAGAGAAACCCGGAGCUCUUCUUCUUCUCUCCUCCGAACUCAGUUUCCUAGAGCGGCUCGCAGGCGGAGAAACACUUUUUCCUCCUCCUGCGUUGAUCGACACGGACAUUAUUCCAUCACAAGCCUGUUUACUUUGUGCAAAAAGCAGCUCGUCCGCAGCUCCAGCAGCAGAUAGAUCUGAUAGAUUUGAUAAAUAGAUUAAUAGAUUGGCUUCUUGUGCAUCUUGUUUGGUCUCGAGUGGGAAUUUGCGAUCUUUUGCACCUCAACGCACACACGGAAUAUCCAAGUUUUCCUGGAAGUUGCGCAGUGACCGAAAAUCAUGGGAAUUUGUGGCUAUCUGGCGGUGCCUGGGAAAUGCCUGGUCGUCCUCGGACUUAAAUUGUUAUUCCUUGUACCUGCAGGAGUUCCGGCCAGGAGCGGGGAUUCUGUAUUAAAGGACAACAUCACCGUCAGACAGGGGGACAGCGCUGUCUUAAAAUGCAACGUGGACAGCAAAGUAUCACGAGUGGCCUGGCUCAACCGCACCACCAUCCUCUUCGCAGGAAAUGAGAAGUGGUCCCUGGACCCCCGCGUCAUCCUGAUGGAGAACACAGCAGUCACAGAGUACAGCAUCAAGAUCCAGAACGUGGACGUCCACGACGAGGGGCCCUACGUCUGCUCCAUCCUCACUAACAAGAAACCAAAAUCCACAAAAGUGCAUCUCAUUGUUCAAGUACCCGCCAGGAUCACUAACAUAUCGAAGGACGUCACAGUCAACGAGGGCAGCAACGUCAAUCUCAUGUGUCUGGCGGUCGGCCGACCCGAGGCCAACGUCAUGUGGAAGCAUCACUCGCCAAGAGGCACUCGUAAGUUUGUGAUGGAGGGGGAACAUCUGGUGCUGACGGCCGUCACCAAGGAGCAGUCAGGCUCCUACGAGUGCAUCGCCUCUAACGACAUCUCCAACCCCGACAUCAGGACGGUCCAGGUCACCGUCAACUAUCCUCCCUUCAUUUCUAAAGCGAGGAGUACGGGUACUCCGCUCGGACAGAAAGGCGUCCUGCAGUGUGAGGCGUCUGCCGUCCCCAGGGCAGAUUUUGAGUGGUACAAAGAAGACCGCAGGCUCCUCAACGGACUAAACGGGGUGAAGAUCGAGAACCAAGGUAAACAGUCGAUGCUCGUCUUCUUCAACGUCUCGGAAGAAGACUACGGGAACUACACCUGUGUUGCCGUGAACACCAUGGGGAUCACCAACGCCAGCAUAAUCCUUUAUGGUAAGGAAACACGAAGUCCCGGAGCGAUGCAUGAUGUGAACGGGGCGGCCGUGUUGCCCCGUUUCUCCGUAUGCCUCCUGCUGACUGUGACCUUACUCUACCUGCUGAAGUUCUGAUGUGAAAUGUGGCGAACCCCUCAAGCUUCUCUCAGCACUGAGCAGCAAGAACAGACUAUUAGUCCUGUAAGAAGAACGGAAAUUUAAGAGUGCCAGUGGUUCACCCUUAGUUUUCUUUCUUUUUCUUUCUGGCUUUGCAUCAGAGUCUGUUCUCUGUUGGCUCGCCAAGACUGAGAGGCAUCAAUCCGAGGAAAGGGAAAAAUUAAAAAUCAUGCACUAAUUUGAUGAUGGUAGAACUCCUGAGUUUGUGUCUCCCCUGACCUUUUUGUAUGUGAAAAGGGAAAAAGAAGAAAAAUACAUGUAACUGUUGAUAGUUGACUGUUUAUUGCCCAAUAUUGAAGUGUACAUUCAGAUUAUUAUUAUUGUGUCAUGUCCUGUUCAAUAUCUGUACAAUACCAUUAAGCUUUUUUAAGUAAAUGACAAAAAAAGGAAAAAAUGCAAUGUGAUUGUUGAAUUUUACUGUAUUUUUACAGUUGUAUGCAAAACAGAGUAACAGAUCCUUCAUGAUAAACAGUUCAGAAUAAUAAUAAAUAGUACACCAUGAUUUCUCAGGCAAAGUCCUACAGCAUAGUGCAUCCAAAUUUUUAUUUUCAUCCUAGUCUGUGUAGAAAAAUGUACAAAUGUGUACAGAGAAUUCCUGCACUGUUGUUUUUCAAAAUGCAUACACUCAUCAGAUGGCAUUUUUUAAAACACCUGAUCUCAGCAUCAUAGCAGCUCCACGGCAUAUUCAUAACCUGAAAACCUGAAACGAGAACCUCAUUUAUUUAUGUGAAGUGUCAUUGAGGACAGGAGUGCUGGUCAGUGUGCUGCUGCGUCGUCAACAGCAACAAAUUCAAUUAAAUAUCAGUGUUAAAAAAUGAUUUAACAGUACAAAUAACCUGCAUGUCGUGCUGAUGGCAUCAUUAAAGCUGCAGGUUAGUAGGUGGUCUAAUUAGCAGCAUUGAAAUGACUUCUCGCUAAGUGCUGCUGUUAAUUUGGGUAAAUUCAUGUAAUUUGUAAAAUUAUGUUUUU